GAUACUCUGUUUUCAAGAUCCUGGUUUUGGCUGUGUUAUCAUUAAUCACAGCACACAAUUCUCUCUCUCUCUACACAUAUAUCUACUCUCUCUCUAUACAUACAUAUCUCUAAUCUCUCUCUCCAUAUAACGCAGCCGUCUGAAAAAUUUGUCUCCUAAAACACCAACUCUGAAAAAGCCUGCUAAUAGAAGGAAUAUAACCGUCAGAAUUAACAUUUUCUCUCUCUUCAUUCACAUUAAAAACCCCAUUUUCACCCUCUCAAAAACAACCUCAAAACCACAUCAAAAUGCCUUCAGAAACAUCCACCCACCGUCCAACAACCACCGUCAAGAACCACCACCACCAUGGUCUACCACCCCAAGAACCCGAACACCUCCCAUGCCCACGGUGCGACUCCACCAACACCAAAUUCUGCUACUACAACAACUACAACUUCUCUCAACCUCGUCACUUCUGCAAAGCGUGCCGCAGGUACUGGACCCAGGGCGGCACGCUUCGCGACAUCCCGGUUGGUGGUGGCAGUCGGAAGAAUGCUAAACGUCAACGUGUCUCCAGUAACACGUCACGUGACAUUCUUCCAUCUGUCACCACUAACCCGAUGUUCAUGUCGUUCGGUGGGGCUCCUGUAGCCACACCGAACAACAGUUUUACCUCGCUUUUGAGUGGAUCUCAUACCCCCGGGUUUUUCGGGGCUGAAGUUUGUGGGUUUGAUCCAGAAGUGAAUUUUGGGCUUGGAAGAACAAUUUGGCCGUUUUCUGGUAUCAGUGGCGGCGUUAACGUUGGUGCUAAUACCAACGUUAACGCCGCCGCGGGCGGUGACGAGAGUGGGUGGCAGGUAGAGGGUGGAGAUUGUUUUGUGGUGCCGGAACUUGCGAUUUCUACACCGGGGAAUGCAAUGAAAAUAGAGUAACGUUUGGUAGUGAUAUUAUUAUAGGAUGUCUAAAAUCUUAUUAUGUAUUUAUUUUAUUAUUAUCAACUCUAUUUAGUAUGAGAAUUUUAAGUUCGAAAAGUGAAAACCAUUGUAGUGUUUUUAAUUUUUAAUGAAAUACAACUUUAUUU